CCACCUACCCCCACCCACACCCGCACCUCCUCUGCCCUAACCAUGGCCGCCGCUUCUUCGCUCCGGAACGUCGUCAAGCGCAUCGGCAUGGCGCGGGGCGCGCGCCGGGUGUCCACGACCGGGACCGGCACCGGGGCAGGGAACACCAGCGGAGGCAGCGGGCCAGCGACAGGAGGAGCGGCCAACUCCGGCGGGGCCAGGGGCGUCAGCGGAGGAGGAGGCGGGCCGGCGACUGGCGGAGGCGGUGGCGCGGACACAGGCGCGUCCAACUGUGGUUCGGGGGGGAGCGUGAGCCGAGGCGCGGCGGGGACCGGCGGGGGCGUUUCCGGUUCGGGAGGAGUUGGGGCGAGCGGAGGCGUCGUGGCCAACUCCGGCGGCGGCGCAGGGGCGACCGGCGGCGCUGACGGGCUCGCGGAGCUCCGCAAGGAGAUGUUCGAGCUGACAGGCGGGCUUUGGGACAGAUACAACCAACGUGCGGAGAUCGAUCGGCAGCUGUUUGAGAAGAUCAGGCAGCUCCAGAUGGACUCAGGGACGAGCCACGCCGAUUCAAAGGGUGACCUUCUGGCCAGCACCUACAACAUGGCGGCCUCCGCAGGACUGUUUCUGUUUGGGUUCGUGGUCGGCGUGUUUCCUGGCGUGUUUCCUGGCAUGAUGACCUCGAUCGUUGAGGACACAGACAAGGAAGCUCAGAGGAUCCUCACUCCUGCAGGAGGCUCCCCGGCGGCGGCGGCACCCGGCGGCGACAAGAACUAGUUCGGCCUCCCUCCCCAAGCAGCAGUAGCACCGUACCACCAUUGCCUUCAGAACUGGUGUCUUGCUUGGUGUUUCGUCUUGUUUGAUGCACUUGCUAUUCGUGGCAGGAAUGCCCCCCAGACUUGCUAAAUUCGAGGCUUUUAUGCCCCCAAUCAAUCAUUCGUGGCAGAAAUGCCCCCGGCAUGGAAACUAGUACUACUACUGUUAAAUUCGAGGCUUUAAUGCCCCGCAGUCCAGUGAGACUUGUUUUGA